UCAUACUGAAACUUGGCGUAUGCCAAAACCCAGAAACUGUCUUACGCACAAAUAAAUUCAGAUGUAUCAAAGUGUGCGAACGCAUGGAUCCAAGCACGUUUCUUUUGUACAUCUCAAUCAACGUGGAAUUGAGCGCACAUGCCGAGGUGCCAAACUCCUCCCUGUCCACGCCCUCAUUUAAAUAUGCAAUUUAAUUUAAAUAGGCCUCUGGACCUGAGAUUCACCUCUUAAUCCGAUCACCUGGCACCAUGAACAGAGGCAAAAAACGAAACUUCACGGAGUCCGAGCUCGAGAUUUUGCUCCACGAGGUAGAAAUGCGCAAGCAUAUGCUAUUUGGAACCCUGUCAACAGGGAUAAAUGCAAAACAAAAGAGAAGUGAGUGGGAGCGUGUUUGCGAGGCCGUCAAUGCAGUGGGGUCUCAGCAGCGCACACACUCUGAAAUUAAAAAAAAGUGGUCAGACCUCAAGGUGGAGGUGAAGCGGAGGGUUUCUGCCCACCGCCGAAGCGUGACCGCAACAGGUGGGGGGACGGGAGUGGGGGAACUCUCCCCCUUCGAUUUGAGAGUGGCCGCUUUGAUCGGUGACACAGCUCUCACCGGAGUGGUGGGAGCCCAUGAAGGGGACACCGAUCAUCCCCAAGACAAGCAAGGAGAGGGCACGGUUUGCUCCGUCGGACCCGGCGUCUCCUCCGUCGGCCCCGGCGUCUCCUCCGUCGGCCCCGGCGUCUCCUCCGUCAGCCCCGGCGUCUCCUCCGUCGGCCCCGGCGUCUCCAGCCCCGGCGUCUCCUCCGUCGGCCCCGGCGUCUCCAGCGUCACCGCUGACUCCGGUUUCUCCACCGGCUCCGCUGCACGCGGCGCCUCAAAUUCAUCUGCUGACCACCCGACCGGCCGUGUCCUCACCCGAGCUGUGCUGGAGUCACAGGCAGAAAUCGUCAGAGCCAUCGGUGGCAUUAAUGAUCGCCUUGAUCGGCUUAUGAAUGUACUCAGUGACAUAAGCGCGUCAAUAAAUACAUUCUCUGGCAUGGCUCGGCUCAGGGUGGACUGGCACACUCCUGACCGAUCGGCCAGCUCCCGCUGGAAGGCCCCUGUUGCCAGGAACCCCAGCGUGGUCAGCACCUGUGUGGGCACGGACAACCCCUGGCUCCUGGCUGUGUGGCGGUCUAGGGCCGGCCGCAGCUCUGUGCACAACUCCAGUAAUACUGGCCUGGGGAAACGAAAUCGGCUCAUGAGCCAAUCAUCAUCAUUUGCGAAUCUGAAGAUGAACUAG